CUUCUGGUCGUUAGAGGUAGUGCAUGCAGUUUCUGUAAGAGAUCACGAAACUUCCGCUGGUGGGACACAGGGAGGUGUGACAAGAUUUCGUCUGCCAUCGCAGAGUUGAACAAUCUGAACGGAAUACCCAAGUGUCUGUUGGUGGUUCACAAAAACUGCAACCGUGCCGCGCCGUGCCCCCACCCCGAGCGGUGCCGUCAUGUGGCAAGAGGCCCGCAAGCAUGAGAGGAAACUGCGUGGCAUGAUGGUGGACUACAAACGACGCGGCGAGCGCCGGCGAGAGUACUACGAGAAGAUCAAAAAGGACCCGGCUCAGUUCCUUCAGGUUCACGGCCGGGCCUACAAGAUCCAUCUAGACUCUGCUGUCGCGCUCGCCGCAGAAAGCCCCAUUAACAUGAUGCCCUGGCAGGGAGAUGCCAAUAACAUGAUUGACAGGUUUGACGUGAGAGCUCACCUGGAUUACAUACCCACCUACACUCCUCCACUGCUCAACACAGUCACUCCGGAACAGGAGUCGGAGGAGAGGAAAUGCAACUAUGAGCGCUACCGAGGCCUGGUGCAGAAUGACUUUGCUAACAUCUCUGAGGAGCAGUGCUUGUACCAGAUCUAUGUGGACGAGCUCUACGGUGGCCUGCAGAGGCCAAACGAGGACGAGAAAAAAAAGCUGGCUGAGAAGAAGGCCACCAUUGGCUACACGUACGAGGACAGCACCGUGACGGAGCCCGACGGCCAAUCAGAAAAGGGAGAAGAGGACGACUCCGAGAACAGCGAAUCAGAGGAAGACGAGGGCAUUCCCGACAUCGAUGUGGAGGUGGAUGUUGAUGAGCUGAACCAGGAGCAGGUGUUGGACAUAAACAAGAUGGCCUCACCGUAUGGCAUGGCAGAGGGAGACUUUGUCAGGAUGCUGAGGAAGGACAAGGAGGAAGUGGAGGCCAUCAAACAUGCCAAGGCCCUGGAGGCAGAGAAGGCCAUGUACUCUGGUCGUCGUUCUCGCAGACAGAGGAGGGAGUUCAGAGAGAAGAGGCUGAAGGGCCGACAGAUCAGCCCCCCCAGUUACGCCAGAAGGGACAGCCCCACCUAUGACCCCUACAAAAGACCUGAGUCCGAGUCCAGCUCGGAGUCCCGGUCUCGCUCCCGGUCGCCGGGCCCCGAGAAGAUCACCUUCAUCACCAGCUUUGGAGGAAGUGACGAGGAGGCCGCCGCUGCUGCCGCUGCCGCCGCCAACCAGGCUCCGCCUACCGCCCUCUCCGCCCACGUCCCCGCCAACUCGCAGCACCACCCCGCAGGUCAUAGCAGGGGCUCCCGCAGACGAAGGUCGUCCUCCAGCCACUCCUCCUCCUCCUCCUCGCGCUCCUCCUCGCGCUCCUCCUCCUCGCGCUCGCGCCGCGGCCGGAGGGGUCGGGGGGGCCGGGACGGCGGGCGGCGCUCCGGCUCCCGCUCCAGGCGGCGCUCGGACUCGCGCUCCAGGGGGCGGGGCAGCAACGGAGGGGGCGGGAGCCGGAGGAGGUACAACCGCACGCGGUCGCACUCCAACGACCGCGACCGGGAGAGGGACCGAGAGCGGGAGCGGGAGAGGGAGAGGGAGCGGGAGAGAGAGAGGGAGAGAGAGCGGGACAGGGGCCGGCACUACUCUGCGAGGAGACGAACGCGGUCUCGCUCCAGCUCGCGGCAGGGGGCCAGUGCCAGGUGGGGGGGUCGGAGUUCAGGAGGGCACCGGAGAGGGGGCAGUAGCAGCCCCAGCCCCCCCCAGUCCCCCAGCCCCCUCAGCCGGAGCCCCUCACCCUCACCCAGGGGGGCCCCGCCCUCUGCCACCGCCCUGUCUGACAAGCUGAGAAAGCCUGAUACUCCGGGUGGUAAAGAGACGGGAGCUGCCAAACCUAAGAUGACCCCGCAGGAGAAGUUGAAGAUACGCAUGCAGAAGGCCCUCAACAGGCAGUCCAAGGCGGAUAAGAGAGCUGCCCAGGUGAAGAUCCAGCAGCAGGAGAACAAGCGGCAGGAGCGAGAGGGGGAGCUGCGAGCCAUGGCACGCAAGAUCCGCAUGAAGGAGCGUGAGCGUCGUGAGAAAGAGAGGGACGAGUGGGAAAAGCAGUACGGGCACCAAAGCCACUCUCCCUCGCCAUCGCCCUCGCCAUCCAAACACAGCCGCGACCACAGCUCAUCCAGAAGGAGGUCUCGUUCACGAUCAAGGAGCCCAUACUACCGAUACUGAGACAACCAGAGAGACACUGAACCCCUCCCUCCCCCUUCCUCAUCCCUUCCUCUGUCUCAGUUUUGUCCUUGAGGCAAAGAGGCACAAGAAGAAAUUAUGCCUGGUAGACGAUGAAGAGAGGAGGAGUGAGGGACCUGGAGGGG